ACAGUCACCUCCCUCACUGAGCAGAACACCGGCCAAUGCUUCACACUACCCCUGCCCUGGGUGUCUGUCCCAUGCGUGGGAAGCACAACAAAAUCAAGGGCUUCACUUGAGAAGGUCCAAAGGAGCGAGAGAAGAGGGUGCGAGCCUUUAUUAUCCUUUACUUUGAAUUUUUACACGUUCCCAUCGGACAAGAGGCUCCGACUUCAGUGAAAACCUCAGCUCAUACCGUUUUGUCACGGAGCUCGGAGAUAUGAACGAGUCGCUGGUGGUGAACGACUCCUCUGCGACUUUUGUGGCUGGAGAAGCUCUCCCAUGGAUGGAGGCAGAUUCUCCAGAGCACAACAGCAGCCUGCAGUUCUCCACCGCCCCGUUAGAUUACCCCAUCAACCCGUGGGACAUUAUGCUCUGCAUGUCAGGCACCGUCAUCACCUGUGAAAACGCCAUAGUGGUAGCAAUCAUCUUCUACACGCCGACCCUCAGGACUCCCAUGUUUGUGCUGAUUGGGAGCCUGGCCACAGCGGACCUGCUGGCCGGCAUGGGAUUAAUCCUGAACUUUGUGUUUCAGUAUGUGAUCUCCUCUGAGACUAUCAGCCUUAUCACUGUCGGCUUCCUGGUGGCCUCCUUCACUGCGUCCAUCAGCAGCCUUUUGGCCAUAACAGUGGACCGUUACUUCUCCCUCUACAACGCCCUGACUUACUUCUCAGAGAAGACGCUUCAGUACGUACACCUGAUGUUACUGGUGACCUGGGGUGUGUCUCUGUUUUUGGGCUUGCUGCCGGUGCUCGGCUGGAACUGCCUGGACGAUCCGGCCUCCUGCAGCAUCGUUCGACCUUUGACCCGGAGCAACGUCACGCUCCUGGCCGCCUCCUUCUUCGUCAUCUUCGUGCUCAUGCUGGCCCUCUACUUCAAGAUUUGCAAGAUCGUGUGCCACCACGCCCACCAGAUCGCCCUCCAGCAGCACUUUUUUGCCACGUCGCAUUACGUCGCCACUAAGAAGGGGGUGUCCACGUUGGCCAUCAUCUUGGGGACAUUUGGCGCCAGCUGGCUGCCCUUCGCCAUCUACUGCCUGGUUGGCGAGAGGGACUAUCCAUCAGUGUACACGUAUGCUACGCUGCUGCCGGCCACCUACAACUCCAUGAUCAACCCCAUCAUCUACGCCUACAGAAACGCAGAGAUCCAGCGCUCCCUCUACGUGCUUCUCUGUGGCUGCUUUCAGGCCAACAAGACCUACUGGUCCAGGUCACCAAGUGAAGUCUAAAAAGUGUGUGUGUGUGUGUGUGUGUGUGUGUGUGUGUGUGUGUGUGUGUGUGUGUGUGUGUGUGUGUGUGUGUGUGUGUGUGUGUAAAAGACAGAGCAAAAAGACAAACCAUCCUGUGAACACUGACAUUCUGCUUACAGUAGACAGUGAAUGCUUUACAAACACAAAGAGGAUGUGAUGCUAUUUCUCAUGCAUACUGUACUCUGCACUUUACUAUGUCUUAACACAAAUUAGGAUGACAUUUUUGGAAAUGCUGUGAACAAGAAACUUCUGUGAAAAAGAUGAAACAAACCUGUGAAUGUACUUAAAUGAGAAAAAGAAUGGAAAAUCUUGCACUUUAGUCCAUGUUUUUUGAAAUGCCAAAGCAGUAUUGUACUUAUUGUGUUUAAAUGUUUGAACUUGUGAGUACUGUGUGCCAUUUUUCUAUUUUGUAUAGUACUGUCUUUGAUGUACAUUUUCUACAAGAGGAAUAAAGAAAUGAAAUCCA